AUGUCCGCAAUUGGAAACCUGGCGAUCACGAAACCUGCCCCAGAGUUCCAAGCUAAUGCUGUCAUUGAUGGAGAGUUCAAGACCGUCAAGUUGUCUGACUAUCGCGGGAAAUAUGUGGUCCUGUUCUUUUAUCCUCUAGACUUUACCUUUGUUUGCCCAACUGAGAUCAUUGCUUUCAGUGAUAGAGCAGAAGAUUUCCAGUCAAUUGGCUGCGAGGUGUUGGCAUGUUCUACUGACAGUGUAUACUCACAUUUAGCCUGGAUCAACACACCCCGCAAACAGGGUGGCCUGGGGUCCAUGAACAUCCCACUUCUUGCAGACAAAUCUGGAGAAAUUUCUAGAAAAUAUGGGUGCUUGAAGGAGGAUGAAGGAAUAGCUUUCAGAGGUCUAUACAUUAUUGAUGACAAAGGCAACCUCCGACAGAUCACCAUCAAUGACCUGCCAGUGGGCAGAUCUGUGGAUGAGACGCUUCGUUUGGUGCAAGCUUUCCAGUUCACAGACAAGCAUGGUGAAGUGUGUCCUGCAGGCUGGAGGCCGGGCAAGGAGACCAUGAAGCCUGAUCCUAAGGCAAGCCAGGAGUAUUUUAGCAAGCAAUGA